CAGACAUCUACAGCAUUAUCUUGUAUAGAUCCUCCACUCGACUUUGUCUCAUCAAGUAGCCAGGGCUGAAAUUUAUAGGGGGACCUCAUGUCAGGUUGGUUUCACCGGCAUGACCUAAUUCUGCAUCCAAACAUCCACGCCCCUCAGCACUCAAUCCGUAGACCGUCGCUAGCUAGCUAACCCAGCAACAUCUAGCAGAGAGAGAACAUACAGGAGCUAAUCGCGACACUGUGAAAACGUACGUCUACCUUUCUGAAAAUGAAACAGUAGACGACAACAACCGUAUCCACCAUUUCUGUAUUCUUGUUUUUCUGGCUCUCCUUAAUAAUCCGUCCAUUUAUUCUUCCCUCCACCUCUCUCACUCUCUCACUCUCUCUCUCUCUCUAGACUGUAGAUUCUUCCCUUCUCUGCUCUUGGAGUCUUGGGUGAUGUUUGGUCUCAUUUCUUCGGUAACACAAGAAAAGCAAAGCCAAAAGAGACCAGAAUAGUUAUGACGGCAAAAACUUGUAUCCAUCCGCUCUUUACCAAUUCUCUAGUUUUCAUCUUCAUUAUUACUCUCCUUCCUUGUUUCUUGCAUGCGCAGGGACUCAAAAACACAGCAUUCUAUGAAACCAGUACAGGAACUCUUGGCAUCAGUGUAGGUGCUGGCGGAGUCAGCGUUGGGGUUGGGGUGGGCGUCGGCGUCGGCAUUGGCAGUGCCCCGGCUCCAGAAGCUCCAAAUUAUCCGCCACCUCCUGAACCGGAGCCGCUAAUAUUCGAAAACGAAAGGCUUGCCGUGGUUUACCCGGUAAUCCAUAGAUUCAAAAAAAGCAUCACCUCCGAUCCCCAUGGCAUCACUAAUACCUGGGUAGGCCCCAGAAUCUGCAAUUACACCGGCUUCUACUGUGAUCACCCACCGGACGACAACAGCCUCAGGGCACUAGCAGGUAUUGAUUUCAAUGGCUACCAACUUGGGGCACCCACUCUCGAUGACUUCGUCGACCAGCUCCCCGAUAUUGCUAUCUUCCACGCCAACACCAAUAAUUUCGCGGGAGCCAUUUCCCCGAAGAUCGCCCAACUCCGCUACUUGUACGAGCUCGACCUAAGCAACAACAAGUUCUCCGGCCAGUUUCCGAUGGCCGUUCUGGGUAUGGACGGGCUUUCCUUCUUGGACAUUCGUUUCAAUUCCUUUACCGGGACAGUUCCAGCUCAGAUAUUUACUCAACCGCUGGAUGUUCUCUUCAUAAACAACAACAACUUCAUGCAGACGCUCCCAGCUAACCUGGGCAGCACUCCGGUUCGCUACCUCACCAUUGCAAACAACAGGUUCGUGGGUCCGAUCCCUCGCAGCAUUGGUAACGCUUCUGCCACCUUGGUGGAGGUGCUUCUUUUAAACAACCAGUUAUCCGGUUGCCUCCCUUACGAGAUCGGAUUGUUGAGAUCGGCGACAGUGUUCGACGCAGGGAACAAUCUUUUGACGGGACCCAUUCCAUGCUCGUUCGGUUGCUUGGAGAAGAUGGAAUUGCUAAACCUUGCCGGGAAUCAGCUAUACGGGCAGAUACCGGAGGCAGUGUGCGCAUUGAGGAAUCUAGUCAAUUUGUCAUUGUCCGACAACUAUUUUACAUCAGUGGGACCAACGUGUAGAAAUCUGAUAAAGAACGGAGUGCUUAACGUAAACAACAAUUGCAUUCACGGCCUGCCGAACCAGAGAUCAGUGGGCGAGUGCUCGGCGUUCCAUCCCGGGUCUUGUCCCUACCCGCCAUCGUACAGUUUCAGUUUCAUUCCUUGUGAACUUCCUCAGUCUCCUCCUCCUCGUAGUAUUCAUUCCUCGAAGCCUUCGACCACCACCGCCGCGUUCGUAAGUUCUCACCGAUCGCCGCCGUUGCCACAAUCCCUUAAAAAUAAACUUAAUUAAUUAAAAUGAAAAAGGAAAAAAAGAAAGGAAAUGUUGGUUUGUAAUAGUAUAUUCUCAUAUAUUUUUUUCCCUAAGACUAGAGUAUGUUCUCAUAUUCUGUACUAUUCAGAAAUAAAAGUCAGUUUUGACAUGUUUUUCUCAACA